GCAUAAUUAUAUAAUUGUUCUUCUUAAGGUUUGAGUUUAUAAAGUUGAUAACAGCUACUCUGACAUUAGCUGUAUUUCUGAACCAUGGCAGACGAUCCGCCACGGACACCUACACCGUCCGGCAGCAGAAAAGGAAGUGGAAAAAAGGCGGCUCCAGCAUCUAAUAAAUUAGCUCCUCCUGCUGCAGCUGCGCAGAAGAAGUCUAAAGAGUCAGUCACAAAAUCAAAGUCCCAACAUGACGCUGAACCACCACAAGGAAUUGUGCCUCUGUUCAUGGCAACGAAAUCACAGGAAAUAUACGAAUGCAUAUGUGAUGAACAUGUAACAGAAGACAACCCAUAUAAACUGAUCAAAAAAGCAGACAUUAUUCAAGAUAUGAAAAUGAGAGCUGCCAUAUCAGACUUUCAUCCAGUCAAGCAACUCGUUUUGGACUACCCUGGUGAAGAACUUCUUAUCGCUUACGAUCCAGACUUUAAGUUUGGGCAAAACUUCUUCCUCUGCACGACAGAGGAAGCCAAGAUGGAACAUCUGCAUCCUGGAGGAGCUGAUGCAGAAGGAGAAGACGGAGUUGUGGCAGCUGGAGAGGAGGGGGCAGAGGAGGAAGAUAAUGCUGUUUAUGUUUAUAAACCUCCGGAAGCAAAGGAGUGGGUGACACAGGGAUCACAAGUUGAAGUGGAAGAUGAGAUUGUGGUCGAUACAAGAGAUAAAAUUCGUUUUCGUGCUUCUCGUGUUAGAAAGGAGUUUGGAGCGCCAAUUAUUUUUGAAGAUCGUGAUGCAGAUACUUCAGCAGCAGAGCAGGGAUUGGCAGCUUCUUGCUUAGCUUGUCCUUCCUAUGCUGAUACAAACUUUACAAUCAAAAAAGCAGAGCUGGAUAACGCAGUGCAAGCAGUGCCCGAACUGACGGAUGGUUCGUCACAAACAGACUGGAAACACCCAGUAACUGCAUCUGUUCAAUACGAACCACGUAUUAUAAGCGAAGAAGAAGCAAAAGUCGCCCAACAAAGCGAGGAAUUCAAACAAUUCAUUCAAGCCUCUGUGCCAAGGUUUGAGCUGGCUUUGCAGCAGAAUACUAUUAUGGAUGUUUUCUUUGAUGACUGGACAGUAUUGGGCGAGGAAGACACAAAUUUUGGAAGUAAAUCUGACAGUCACUUGAAGGAGUACCAAUCCUUUACCGAUCUCCAAUACAGCAAGGACAAGACAGUCACCUGCGUUGACUGGCACCCUCAGAUUAAAGGUGUGAUGGCAGUUGCAUGCUGUGAACGACUUACAUUCGAUGAAAGAAUCGACAACGCAAACAAACUCCUAAUGUCGCCGUCACUUAUCCUUAUUUGGAGUUUUGCCGAUCCUAUUCACCCUCAGUUGCUGCUUGAAGGACCUGACGACAUCUGCUGUUUUAAGUUUUGCCCUACCAACCCUAAUAUAGUGGCAGGGGGCUGCAUUAACGGGCAACUAGUGUUGUGGGACAUCACUGAAUACUCUGAAAAACUGAGCAGUAACAGAGGAAAUAACUCCAAAGCAAGCCAGAAAAAGGCUGCUAUGUUUGGUGAGGAAAUUCAGCCAGAAACGCCAACUAUUCGUUACUGUGCUGUAUCAGCAAUUGAAAACAGCCAUAGAAAUAUCAUAUCUUCCGUGGAUUGGUUACCUGAUCACUAUGAGCUGAACAGGUUUGGAAUCCCAGUGGAAAACCGUUUGUCUGAGUGUUGUCAGAUCAUGACUUGUGGAACAGAUGGUCAUGUUAUGGUCUGGGAUAUCAGAGCUCCUAAGGCACCAGCUAACACUAAAGACCAACAAGCAGAAAAAUCAGCACCACCAAGGCCAUUUGGGGUUUCUCAAGUUUUUAAGCAUUUAGAUCUUUCAUGGAAACCUCUAUUGAAAUUAUCCAUGGCUAAGACAGAUAGUAGUGGUGACUACAGUCCGCUCAAGUUCAGUCUUGCUGAGAAACAAGGAGCUAGAGACCAUGUUCCACAGCCGGCGGGAGAAAAGCCCGAAACGACUGGAAUGUCGAAAGUUCCUUCCGCGAAAAACCAGCGACCCCUUGAAUGUAUUGCCACCAACUACUUCCUUGGUUCUGAAGAUGGUGAAGUUAUAUAUGCGAGCUUUAAACUGGAGAAAGACAACGAAACGGGAAAAUCUAACGUACCCAAGCCUACAUGGGCGGUCGCACCGCACGAUGGGCCUGUAAACACUCUGCAGAGAAACCCGUUCUUUAGCGAUAUUUUGCUCAGUGUUGGUGGAUGGACGUUCGCUGUUUGGAAGGAGGGGGUGACUAGCGGGGCAAUUCUUCAGUCUGCUUGUGCGCCCAAGUUAUAUACAGCUGGGCACUGGAGCACUACAAGACCUGCUGUGUUUUUCCUCGGCACCAAAGACGGAAACGUCGAGGUUUGGGAUCUUUUGGACCGCACCCACGAGCCUUUGCUUGUACAGAAUGUUACAGCAGCGCAAGUCACACAGAUCGUACCAUGGGUGGUAUCGAAAAAGCAACAUUUGGUUGCGGUAUCAGACAAUGUGGGGACGCUACAUAUCUUAGAGAUCCCUUGGAAUCUACGACAUCCAGCAAGCGGAGAGAAACAAGCCGUCGAGGGAUUCUUUGACCGCGAAAUUCAGAGAAUCGAAUAUUUUGACAAGAAAGCGGUCGUACGCGCUAAUGAGCGUAGCAAGGAAAUGGACAAGAAGAAAGCUCAGCAAGCGAAGGUGGAGGAGAUGACCGACGACGCGUUGAUGGAGGAAUACAAAGCAGAAUAUGAUUCCUACAAACAACUGGAAAAGAAACUGCUUCAGCAACUCGGCCUUAUAGAAGAGGAAAAGCCGGAAAUUUGAAAAUCUUUUAACUGUUCUGUUGUUUUUUUUAUAACCGAUUCCAGCACUUUUGUGUACCGAUUUUUGCAAAUACCAAUAAAUUUUAUUUUUUGUUCUUUAA